AUGAAAGAUCCAUUCCCCAAUCACAGCCCAGUUUUGUCGCAGGACGUUGACAUCAAGCCAACCAUGGAUCCCUCCCUUACUCGUAUGCCCCCCUCGCCCCCUUACAUCUAUCGCAGGGCUCCCGUCGCGGCCAAACCCGAGCUCCCCGAUGCUCUUUCCUCUCCACACCAUGAACGCGUCGGCCCCAGCGACGCAACCUUUGAAGAGGGCGAAAAGGCCUACCAGAACAAGAUGGAUGAGCUCCUUAACCUCCGUGUCAAGUAUCUCAAGGGCAAGAUCCAACACGUCAAGUCCAAGACCGCACUGAUACGUGUCGAGCUCAACGAAGACGAGUCAGAAAGAGGCCAGGAUCAAUGA